GUUUCAUUAGUUUGCGCAAUAUUUCAUUUCAUUUUCUGUUUCGAAUUAUUUUUUAAUUAGAUUAGAUUUUUGAAGUGUUAGUUUUUGUAGCAAGCUUUUUGAGAAGUUGUGAUCAAUUUCAAUCGUUUAAAGACUCUUCUGAUUUGUUCAGCGGAGUAAUUGAGCUGUGUCAUUGUACAGUUUCACGUAUUCUUCUAAUUUAGCCCAAUACUUACUGGAGUACUGAUACUGUAGAUUCCUCCAAAUCCAUGGCGCCCAAAAAUAAAGAAACGGGUACUCGGCAGGCGAAAAGCAAAUCAGUGCGGAAUAUGAACUUGUCUAACGAUGCAGAAAGCAGUGAAGAUGAUUAUCGUAAAAAACGAGACAAAAACAAUCAAGCUGUCAAGAAAAGUAGAGUAAAAAGUCGUAUGCGCACUCAAGAAACCAUGGAACGAGUACAGAAGCUGAAAACUGAAAACGAUAUGUUGGAAGAGAAAAUUAAAAUAUUAAGUAAAGAAUUGGGUUUCUUGAAAGAUUUGUUUCUAGCACACGCAGGUUCCUCUCAAAACGUCAAUAUUGAAGGAGUUGACUUGGAAUCUUUACUAAGCGAUACAACCUCUAUCAUCGGCUCGGAUCACAAAAAUAAUUAAUCUCGUUGCAAUUAAGUUGAAACUAAUCAGGAUAUUUUGUUGAAAUCGUCUUUUCGAAUGAAAUGUGCAUUCGUGGUGAUACGCUGGAGCAUGUAACAUCGUUAUUGUAGAGUUACAUGUUUUCAAAACCGUUUUGAGAUCCUAUAUUUCGCAAGUUGUUUUGCUGAAUGUGUGUUUCGAAUAAUUAUUAUCGAAGUAUGUUACGUCGAAUGAAAGUUGUGCAUUUAUAAUUACUCGUGUAGAUACAUUACCUAUUUUUUGACAAUUACGAUUACGAAUACGUAUUCAGUCACUCUUCUUUCACGUGAUGUGUGUAUUAUGGAUAUUAUAUGAGAUUUACGAUUUAGAAACUACGUUUAGUAAGAAAAUUAGUAUUUUUAUUGUAAUUAAAACCUAUCAUGUUUGAAUUUUAGUAAAGUACCUACCUAUUACUUAAAUAUGAUUAUUUUGUUGAAUUUUCUUUACCUGUAAACUCGAUUUUAAAUGAAGCAUUUUAUAACUACGUAAAGAAUACGUUCGUAUUAUUUGAAAUUUUAUUGUUUGAAAAUUUUUGUUACAUUCGAAUAAAAAAUACAGAAUGACAUCAUA